AUGACAUCGUUUGCAAAAAUCUUCGCAGUCAUGGGUCUGCUAUUUGUCACUACACUCGCAGCCGAGGAACAAAAUUUCAUUAGAAGAUACUUUGAGGCUUUUGAUCCAUUUUACACCAGAGUUGCCCAAAAUGUUAAUCAAAGCCUAACGUACAUGGUAUGCGGCUGGACCAAAGGUUGGGCCACUUACAACUGCUACAUCCAACUGAAUUUGGUCGAUGGCUUCGAAAAAUACUGCAAGUUGACCCUCCCACAUCUCAAGAAACAUGACCAUCUUUAUAGUAUGAUUACAAACAAGGCACUUGUUGAGUGGACCUUCAUAAAAUAUGGCAUGGAAUACAAAAGGCUUACUCUGUACGACAUAAACAGUUGCAAUUCCAUCGACAUAGACUUUCCGUUCGACCAUCACUACCAUCUCCUCGUGUACGACAACAGCUUUCACGUUACCACGAAAAAUAAGGAAAAGUGCGGCCAAGAGCACAGCCCCUGCAUGAUCCGAUACAAUCACGAUGGAGAGCAAAUUGGCGAACCAGUGCCCUUUCCUUCAAAGAAUUACAGGCAGGGGUACGCUAUGGUCGUGGACCGGCACAAUUCGAGCAGUGGUGGAUUUUUUACCACAUAUGAGAAAAUCGACCGCAAUGAAUAUCAGAUGAACGUCAGUCGCGUGAGCAACGAUGGCACCGAAAUGGUCCUUUUAAAAAAUUACGUUGUGAGAAAGAAUGUCGAGGGUGCCCAGGUGCAGUCGAACGAGUACGGCUACUUUUCGUUCUGCCACAGGCAAUUUGAGUUACGUGGAGUGAUUACCUGUACGCAAUACGACGCGAUGGGCAAAUUAAUUAUUGACGGAAAAAUGACGUCUGUUGCACAAAUCCUCGUAGUCAUGGGUCUGCUAUUCGUAGCUACGAUAGCAGUCAAAAAGCAGGACUUUUCUAAAAAUUAUUCCGAGCCUUACUAUUCGCUUUACCACAGACUUGCAAAAAAUUUCAACCAAAGCCUUGCGUACGUAAUGUGCAACGCGACUAAUUUUGGUGGUCUUUACAGCAUAAUGGCAAACAAAGCUUUGUUCGAAUUAUCUUUGGUAAACGAUAGCGCAGAAUACAAAGGGAUUGCUCUAAUCGACAUGAACAACUGCAAUUCUGUCCAUCUAGACUUUCCAGACGACGAUUACAUAUUUUUUAAAAUUUAUCAAUUGAGUUUCAGAUAUGAUAAUAUAUAUUCACAGAUGAGUUUUGAACAUUUCAAUGCUAAUGAUAUACGAGUUUUAAAAAAAUAUCUUCAAG